AGCAAAGGCGAGUAGAGCGAGAAACAAACAAACGAAAGCCUAGUGAGAGAAACAGAGCAGCAGCAUCAUCAGGAAGAGGAAGAAGAAGAAGAAGAAGAGAGAGAGUAGCGAAUUACCAGAGCUCGAUCGAGGUCACGUCCAUGGCGAAUCGCCUCUUAUUCGCGGCGAUCAUCGCCUCCGCGGCGGUGGCGGUGGUCGCGUUGGAGGGGUCGACGAUCUCCUUCGACGAGGGAUUCUCCCAGCUGUUCGGCGACGGGAACCUAAUCCGAUACCCUGAUGGGAGGAGCGUUCGCCUCAAGCUCAAUCGCUACUCCGGGUCGGGAUUCAUCUCCUCCGAUUACUACCAACACGGCUUCUUCAGCGCCUCGAUCAAGCUCCCCUCCGAUCACACCGCCGGGGUCGUCGUCGCCUUCUACCUAUCGAAUGGCGAUGUUUUCGAGAAGACGCACGACGAGUUAGAUUUCGAGUUUUUGGGCAACCUGAGAGGGAAGGAGUGGAGAGUGCAAACCAAUGUGUAUGGCAAUGGGAGCACCAGCCGCGGCCGCGAGGAGCGGUACCUCCUCCCGUUCGAUCCCACGGAGGAGGCUCAUCGCUACUCCAUCCUGUGGACCGCGAAUUACAUCAUAUUCUACAUCGAUGACAUUCCGAUAAGAGAAGUGGUCCGAACGGAGGCAAUGGGCGACGACUACCCGUCGAAGCCGAUGUCGGUGUACGCCACCAUCUGGGACGGAUCGGCGUGGGCUACCGAGGGCGGCAAGCACAAGAUCAACUACAAGUACUCCCCCUUCACGGCCGAAUUCUCCGACCUCAUCCUUCGCGGGUGCCGCGUCGGCGACAUUCAACAACCGCCGUCGGCCGAGGACUGCGCGGAGUCCGAGGUGGAGAUCCUAACGGCCGACUACGCCGCAAUGGACCCCAAAAAACGCGCCGCCAUGCGCCGGUUCAGGGAGCACUAUAUGACCUACACCAUCUGCUACGACACGGUUCGGUAUUCGUCCACUUUCCCCGAGUGCGAUAACUCGCCGUCGGAGAAGGAGAGGUUUUGGGAUUGGGGGGAGUCCAAGUACGUGACCCCGCGCCGCCGGUCGAAACGCCGGUCGAGCCGGAGCUCGUCCCGGGGCCCAGUGGAAGCCUAACCAGUUUCCGGGUAUAUUACUGGGCAAGCACAACGGUACUGUGGCUGUAAUUGGUUUUGGUCCAAUAUCUGCCUCUCGUACUCAAAAAUCUUUGUAUAUCUAUUGGAUACUUAAAAAUAGAAAGCAUAGGGAUUGGAUUGGUGGGCGCUUCUUGUGUGUUUGUUUUCUUUUCUUCUUUUUUUUUUUUUUAUUUUGUCUUUUACGGUUUGGUAAAUUCAAUUGAUUCUUUUCAGUGGGUGGGCGUUUGGUGGAGGAUUUGAUGUAUGUAAAAGUGGGGGGUGGUUGGGUUCACAGGUGUUUGGGCUCUUCUCUCGUCAGGUGGAUUUGUUUAUAUAAAUAAAGAAUGGGCUUAGUUUUUAA